GAGUACACGAUAUCGGAAAGGAGAACCCUCGUCACUUUCCUUUGGGCCAUGAGCUUCACUUCCCUGGCCUGCCUGCUCCCCUGGUACGCCUUCCUGAUACGAAGCUGGAGGGGACUCUUCGUCACUGGAGUCUGUCUGGACGUUCUUCUGGCUCUCACCUUCUGUUGGGUUCCAGAGUCGUCUAGUUGGCUACUCGCCGUGAACCGCACAAAGGAAGCUUUAGGCAUUCUUGAAAAGAUCGCAAAGUUCAACGGCAAGACAGUUUCCCAAGAACGACUCAGCAAACUCCUCGAGAACACUGUUAAUGGCGGUGACUUGCGAGGGACAUCGGCGAAAACAGUCAGCCUAUGGAAAAGCACACUAGUCAUGAUAAGGUCCCCGAGGAUCAGAAAAAUCAUGUUUCUCAUCUAUAUCGGGUGGUUUGUCAUCUCGCUCUGCUACAACACAAUCACGCUCCAGUUGGCGAAGUUGGGGCUGAACAUCUACUCCACUUACUCGAUCGCCAUCGCAUUCGAGAUCCCCGUGAACAUCCUGUGCAUCCUUGCGUUAGACACCCUGGGUCGUCGCUGGCCCAACACCUUUUUCAUGCUCACCGGGGGAGUGGUAUGCUUGCUCAUGGGUUUCUUGCGCACCGAGUCGGAGCUCUGGACUCUGGUGAUGGCCGUGGUGGGCAUUAUGUCCUUCGCCGGAGGCUACAAUGUUACCUACCAGCUGACCUCCGAGGUCUUCCCGACGGUCAUCCGGGGCAGAGCGGUGCUGCUCCAGAGGCUCAUCGGGGACAUUGGGGGCCUCCUCGGAGCCCAGGUCGCGUCACUGGCGGAGUAUGACACCUACCUUCCAAUGAUUGUGAUGGGCACGUUAUCGGCAACGGCGUCCGUGCUGCUCUUCUUCCUGCCGGAUACCAUCAACCAGGUUCUUCCGCAGACAAUGGAAGACGGAGAAACGUUUGCCCUUGGUCAGAGUAUCUGCUUCUGCCCGUUGUUUCCCUCAUGUGGCAAAGAAAAUGGCUGCAGAAAAAAGGCGGCAUCCGGAGCUCACCGUGAAAAUUCCAACGGAGAAAUCUUAGCAAACACUCCCCUUAAUGCCUAGAAUUUCACCAUGCGAAGUUCUUUCAGAAAUGUUUACAAUUUUAGGAACCGUGCGUGUAUUUCGCGAGCCACAGCCUUGCAUUUCCUUUCUAAACAACAACACCAUACGCUGCUUAAACCUUUCUUCUCCCCAGACUGCCCUAACGUUAGUGCCAAAAAAAAAAGGAAGACAUGUGAAGGGAAAACUGGGGAGGGAAAGAUCGUGGUCUCAAUUUGGUAUGUGCGUCACAAACAAGUAUUCAUAUUUGAAGACUUGAAAUAAAAAAAUUAUUUGCAUUUAGUUUCGGCGUUUUGGUAUAUUGUGCACUGACUCUUUUUUAUUUUAUGGUUUUGUGCCUUAAGAGAUGCUUACAUCAAGCUUAGAACUCAUAUUUUUUCAACAUUUUCACGAAACACUUCCGAAAUAAAGCAAUGAAAACAUUAAAC